AUGAGUCCUUGUGCUUGGAGGAAUGAUUGCAACCAUAAUUUAAGUGAAAAUGUAGUCAAUGAUAAAUUAGACUCUGGGGAUCUGACAAUAGGAAUGAUCUUCUUGUCACAGACUGUCAUUGGAAUCCUGGGCAAUUUCUCCCUUCUUUACCAUUAUCUUUUCCAUUACCACACUGAAAGCAGGUGGAGGUCAACUGAUUUGAUCCUCAAGCACCUGCUCAUUGCCAACUCCUUACUCAUUGUUUCUCUAGGAGUUCCUCACACAAUAGUAGCCUUAGGGUUGAAACAUUUCUUCACUGAUUUUGACUGCAACCUUCUUCUGUAUGUUCAGAGAGUGGGCAGGGGCGUUUCCAUCAAUACCACCUGCCUCUUGAGUGUUUUUCAGGCGAUCACUAUCAGUCCCACAAACUCUUGUUGGAAAGAUCUUAAAGUAAAAGCUCCAAAGUACAUUGGCUUCUCCAUUUCCUUCUGCUGGAUACUACACGUGGUGGUAAAUUUCAUUUUUCCUCUGUAUAUGUUGUGUGUUUCUGGAGAAGAGAGCAGCAGAAAUAUCACAAAGAAAAGACAUACGGGUUACUGUUCCAUAGGUCAUGGGAAAGUCGCCAGCUCCAUGUAUACAGCACUUAUAGUGUUCCCUGAAGUUUCUUUUUCUGCACUUAUAUUCUGGGCCAGUUGUUCUAUGAUUGUUCUCCUAUACAGACACAAAAAGAAGUUCCAACAUAUUCAUAGCACUAAGGUUUCUUCCAGGUGCCCUGAGUCCAGAGCCACCCGAAGCAUCUUAGUUCUGGUGAGCACCUUUAUAUCAUUUUAUACCCUCUCCUCCAUGUUGCACAUUUCUAUUGCUCUUUAUAAUGACCUCAGUUGGUGUUUGUUGAAGAUUUCUGAUCUAAUUUCUGUGUGUUUUCCAACUAUCAGCCCCUUUCUAAUCAUGAGCCAGGAUUCCUCUUAUUCCUGGUUGUGUUUUGGGUACAUAAAGAACACAAAACUCUUUAAUCUUUUCAUAAAUACAUAA